GAACAGUCCUCUCGCCGUCUAUGUACUACUCCAGAUCAUUUAUAUAACUGAUGCAAAGUGUGUGUGAUGGUGGAAUCAUUUAUAUAACUGCUUUUAGCUGCUACUUAUAAAAAAGAAAAGGGAAACAUGGCCCAUUGCCAUUCUUCAUCAUCAUUUUCUCCAGAUCUUUGUCAGUCAGAAACACUAAUGCAAAGUGAAAUCCAUUGUUAUAAAACCCUAACCUAACUUCAUACCUCUUUCUUAUUUUCUUCUUCGCUUGCUAUUAAGAAAACUAUUAUGACUCAACUAUUUCGAUCCAAAACUUGUGGACUUAGAAAUAGAAGUAAAGAUUUUGAUUCAAAUCCAAAAAGUCCUUCCGGCCAUAAAAAUGAAGAACAAGAAGAUGAAUUUGAUGAUGAAGAAGAAGAAUGUGAAGAGGAAAGAGAAAAUGGAUAUUAUAGGAUGAAUCCAAUUUCAACACCAUUAAUUGUACCAGAAGAAUCUAGAGAGAGAAAGAAUGAAAAUAAUCAGCAGUUUCAGAUCUUGACAAUAUGCGUUGCAGCUUUAAGAAAAUCAGUAGCUACUUGUGGUGUUGAUAAAGAAGAGUUUUGUUCCUCGAUUGAUAUUAGUCCUCCCACUAAUGUUAAACACGUUUCUCAUGUUACAUUUGAUAGAUUUAAUGGUUUUCUUGGUCUACCUGUUGAAUUCAAACCCAAAGUUCCUACCAGGGUUCCAAGUGCCAGUUCAAGUGUUUUUGGAGUUUCUGCCGAGUUUAUGAAAUGUUCGUACGAUCACAGAGGAAACAGUGUGCCCACAAUUCUCCUCAUGAUGCAAAGGCGCUUGUACUUGGAAGGGGGUCUUCGAACCGAAGGAAUCUUCCGAAUCAACCCUGAAAAUACCCAAGAAGAGUAUGUCAGAGACCAGUUAAACAGGGGAGUUGUGAAGCAGGGAAUUGAUGUGCAUUGCGUGGCAGGUCUAAUAAAGGCAUGGUUCCGAGAACUUCCCUCAGGGGUACUCGACUCCCUUACACCGGAUCAGGUAAUGCAUUGCAACACAGAGUCGGAGUGUGUGCAACUCGUGAUGCUACUGCAGCCUACAGAUGCCGCAUUGCUCGACUGGGCCAUCAAUUUGAUGGCUGAUGUUGUGCAGAACGAGAAUCAGAACAAGAUGAAUGCACGAAACAUUGCUAUGGUGUUUGCACCUAACAUGACACAGAUGGCAAAUCCCUUGACUGCACUAAUUCAUGCUGUGCAAGUUAUGAAUUUUCUGAGAGCGCUUGUUAUGAAAACUGUCCAAGAAAGAAAAGAAUCUGGUUUUGAGUCUGGGGAGUUAUCUUCAUGCUCAGAGUUGGCGGAGAUCAGUGACCUGCAUCCAUCAUUGUCAGACAGUGAAACUGGUGAAUGGUCUUGCAAACGGACAACCAGGGAUACCAUUUCCUGUGGUUCCUUCUCAGGUGACCUCCUUCAUCUUAACCCUAGAAGCAGUUCGGGAUCUGCGAUUGAGCACUACCACGAAAGGAGUAUCAAUGAGGAAGGACAAACCAGUACGCCUGUCAAGUGCCAAAUUAGGACUAAAGAAAAUGGGUAUAAAGAUGAUACGAGAGAUGCAGAACGUUUCUUGGAUAGGUUGAGUUUGAGAAAAGGGGUGAGGAAACUUCGUCAGCACCCUGUGUUUCAGUUGAGUAAAUCAUUUAGAAAGCCCGCAGAAGAAGUUGACACAUGAAAGUACAGUUUGGUUUAUGGAAGCAGACCCGGCAUUAAGGAAAAGCCAUCAGUGCCUUUGCUUUGAGACACUGGCACAAGGGCCCAUUUGUAGCAUAGAGACUAUUUGCACAAGUUGAUUUGUUCUAGCGUAGAGACUAUUUGCACAAGUUGAUCAGUUGAGUAGAAUGAAAAUUAAGGGGCAUAAAAACAUGUUUACAUAAGAGUGCAAAGGAUAUAGUGAACAUAAAAGUAGCAGCAAAAUGCCCAAACCUCACUUCUCUUCAAGUGAACUUACUGGACAAUUGAUUCUUUGGGAAGAAUGAAAAUUAAGGGGCAUAAAAUAUAUUUACAUAGGGGUGCAAGGGCUUAUUAUAUGCUGACGAUAAAGGGAGCAGCAAAAUGGGAAACCUUACUUCUCUUCAAGUGCACUGAAUGGACAAUUCCUUUAUUUUAUUUUCUUUAAUCAACUUCGAGUUCUGAUUUAUUUACUUUUUUUAGUAUCUUAUAUUUAUUUAAUAGAAUUGAGAUAUAUAUAAUAGGUCUCAUAAAUUAAGGAGGAACUAGAUUUGUGCCCGUGCUACGCAUCGGUUUCUUCUUUUCAUUUGGUCUGCGUAGGGCUUCUCCCCACCCGGUGUACAUGCAUUUUUGGUUUGGUGUAUGCGGGGCUUCGUUCUAUCCCGUGUCGAUGUAUUUUUGGUUCGGUGUGGCAAGCGAAUACAUUAAAUAGAUGGAGAAAAAAAAAUUAUGCAUGGAUUUUAUUUAUUUA